CGAUUAUACUAAAGAUACCCCCUUAUUUAACUCUAUAUAACUUUAUUAGACAUCAAUAGGAGUAAAGCAAGUGAAUUGAUGUUGGCAGAAUCAAUUUAAAUCAUACACGUUUCCACAGAACCAUCUACGGCCCGUUAUUUAGCCGGUCAUCUCUUCUGGCUAUGAAUGUUUGAAAUCCUUUCCUUCUUAUUAAGAAUAAACUAUGGCCUACGGUUUAUUAUGGCCUUUUCUGAAGAAACGAAACAAAAGAGAAAUAAACCUUGUGAAAACUGUCGAGCUCAUCGAAGGAAAUGUGUAGUGAUUCAAGGAAAGCAAUGUGAUCGCUGCUUGAAAAUGAACUUGCCCUGCGUGUUCAAGUUCAAUGCAAAACCUACUGUCAUCAAAAAACCAGUGUCCAUCUCUAGGAAAAAUAAGUUAAUGACACAAAUGAAAGCAAUGGAGCAACAAUUGGCAGCAAUGGAACAGCAGUUAAAAAGCUUUCAUGUUGAAGCUAAAUUACAGCCGAUUAAAGAUGAAACAGAAGAGGAUGAGAGGAUGAGUAGUAACUAUGACUCCAUAGAUAUGGAAACUACCUCUGAAUCAUACAAUAUCUUUGAUCAGUCUGAUGAUACAGAUAAGAGCUUAUUACGUACCAGCAAAUCAAGUGAUAUCACAAAUAGCUGGCAACUUACCAUAACAGGAGGAUCAAGUGGGAUCAACUUCCAAACAUCUAUAAGGAAUAUAAACGACAUCAACAGCUUCCUUUCAGAGACAGCACGAUAUUUUAAUGCAACACUUUCACGUACUCCUAAUUAUCAUAUUGAUCGCUCCUUGCAGAUGAUUCAGGUGACAAACAAAAUGCUGCAAGUAGAACAUAUAUUACACAGCAUAUUUCAAAACAACAAAACAGAGACUGGAAGAUUAGCAAUUGAGUUACCAAUAUGUGAUGACCAUACUAGAAUCUAUAUGAAGAGACAGGUUAUUUCAUCCUAUUUUGGCUGUAUGGGAUUACUUACUCCUGUAUUCUCAAAACCUUACUAUCUUCCUCUUUUUGAUUUCAACCCAAACACGAUGGUUGCAACAGCCCUUGCAUCAUUUAUAACUUAUUCACAAUGCUGUCAUAUCCAAUAUAUACAGCAUCCUUUCACCAGAGAGACCUUGGCAGAGUCUUUUCGCCAAGAAGCUAAAGCACUUUUACAAGAGGUCUUGUUUGAUGAAGGGCAUGAUAUAUACACAGUUGCGACACUUAUGUUCCUAGCACAGUCUGCUUUGAUCGUCCUAAACAACUCAGAGGCAAGACUAUACAUGAACAUGGCUUGGCGAAUGGUACUCGAACUACAACCAAGAUAUGCUCAUUUACUCGACGGUGUAACAUCUGACACACCAGUGACAGAGGAGAUCAUUGAAGCAGAGACCUGGAGACGUUUAUUUUAUGCAGUAAGAUAUUAUGAACUGACGCUAUGCUUGAUUUGCGACGAACGUGACGAUUACAGCUCCAUCAUGUUCAAUGUAGGCAUUGGAUAUCCCAUUGUUUUAAAUAUCGAAAAAGACAUUAAGGAAUCAAGAGAUUCUGUAGAGGCCUUUUAUCACCUCGUGCGCGUCAAUGACUGUCAAAUGACUCAAAGAGACGAUGAAUUACGGUAUAAGCUUUUGGCAGGAAAGUUGGAUAAAUUGUCAGUAAACGACUUGCAAAAACUCGAAACUCAACUAUGCGACUUUUGGGGCAGUAUGCCCAAGGAAUUUCGACUAUCAGACUCUCCUUUUGACUACCUUCAGCUUGACCGGAUUCAGCAGUGCAGCAACCCAUUUGCUUUAUAUAUUAACCAAAUCUAUUAUUCAUACUGGAUUGGACUUGAAACCAGAUUGAUGCAGUCUCCUUCCGAUACUGAUUUGAAAGGAAUCAACAUGGAGAGAUACGACGGCGAACGUGCUUUACUUCUUGUAUCCAUCAUCACGGAUGCCAUGACCAAGAUAUUCCACGUCUUAUUUCACAAAGUGCCGUGCGUUGUUGAACUACACUGGAUGCUCAUCGUUGCUGAUUCUUUACGUAUGCUGAAAAAGUCACCAAACUUAACUAUUCGAGCAAGGGCAUCAAGGAACUUGAAUAUUACUCUUGACGUCCUAAAACAAAGAGUACCAAAGUUGAGUGAAGACGAAGGUGCUUCAACAAAUGAAAACUAUCGAUUCUUGAAAAACUUCAUACCUUCCAUUCUCACACCUGACACAACAAGUACAAGCUCUGGUAGUUUAGCGGGUUCUGAGCCAGACAGUACACAUACAGAAGUUGAAUAUUUUGCAAACAAACCAUCAUCGACUACCCUUCCUGCUGCUUAUUUUGGCGAACUACAAAAAACAGUUCAUGCUUACUUGGAUGACGACGACCCAGUUUCAUUACAAUAAUUGUAGAGAAGGCUCAUUUUGUAUAUAAUCAUACUUUCUAUUUUUUUUUUUUUUUCUCCUUUGCGCUUCUGUACUCAUGAGCAUAAACGCUUAUACCAUUACAUAAAAGCAUUACAUUUAUAUAAACUUGUCGUUUCUUUUUCAAGUAUAAUCAGUGUAUCUUUUUGU